GGCCCCAGCAGCCGUGUCAGAGUCUCCACGUAAAAACCUGCGUGGGGAGUUGGAUCUCAGAGUAGUUCAGGACCUGCGAGCGGAAUGGCGGCUCCUCGGAGUUUCUUCUCUGUCUGCGGGUUUUUUCUGCUUUUCGCCGCUGGAUCCGGGACUUUAGGCUACAGGCGAGCAAACCAGGAGCGUUGCGGCUACAAGGUUCAGUCUGCUGCAGAGGGAGUUCGCAAAUUGUUCGUCACCUUCAGGACUGACAACUGCUCAUUGAGCUACCCACUGGGGAAACACGUGAUCCACGAGGUAUCCAACGUCUCCUUCAGCCACCUGGCCUGUGACGACCAGGCUGCUGUAGUCGUCCACUGGUCUGCAAGUCCACUAGGAAUCGAACACAUUAAAGGCUUCAGAGUUUAUCUGGAGGACAAAAACCCAGACGGGAAGCAGUGUCAGCACCUGAUCCUCAAAGACCCGCGGCAGCUCAACUACUCCUUCAAGAGCACGAAGCUGAGCAGUCAGCCAUUCAGUAGUUUGACCUUUGACACUGACUACAUGGUUCGUGUCGUUCCUUUCCCGUCUCUGAUGAAUGAAAGCUUCUUCCCUCCAUCUUUCCUGAGGACCAACUCGUGUGAAAUCCUGCUUGGAUCGGACAAUCUGGUCUGCAAACCAUUCUGGAAGCCAAAGACCCUGAACGUGUCUCAGCUUGGAUCAAACCUUCAUGUGACGUUUGAUUUGGCUCCAUCCUCCUUCAACUUCCAGUUGUAUUACCUGUACUACAGGCUGCGGCAGGACGGCCUCUUCAGGGUGCAGCGCUGCAGACCAGACCUGAACCAGGCGAGGACAACGUGUGUCCUUCAGGACGUCACACAAGGAACCUACGUAAUAGAGCUUAGAGACAACAGCAACACGACCAGGAGGCAGAUGCAGUACCACGUCAGCCAGGUCCACUCCCCGUGGGCGGGGCCUAUCCGUGCCAUGGCCAUCACCGUGCCCCUGGUCAUCAUGUCGGCCUUCGCCACCCUCUUCACUGUAGUGUGUCGCAAGAAGCAGCAAGAAAACAUCUACAGCCAGUUGGAUGAGGAGAGCAGCGAGUCGUCCAAUCAGAGCGCAGCACUGAACAACGAGCGUCCGUGGCCACGCCCCAAAGUUUUCAUCUGUUACUCCAACAGAGAUUGCCCCAAACACACCAGCGUUAUCCAGAGCUUUGCCUACUUCCUGCAGGACUUCUGCGGCUGCGAGGUGGUGCUGGACCUCUGGGAACAUCUGGAAAUGUGCAAAGAGGGUCAGAUGUCGUGGUUGAGCCGACAGCUGGAUGAAGCAAACUUCAUCAUCACCGUCUGCUCUAAAGGCCUCCGAUAUUACGUGGAAAAGAAAAGCCGCAGAGGCAAGACUCCCGUUGGUCGCCGUAGCAACAGCGGCUGCGGCUCCCCGACCGGCGGAUCGCACGGCGACCUGUUUGUCGUGGCCGUGGCCAUGAUAGGAGAGAAGCUGCGGCUGGCAAAGCAGAACGAGGACAGCGGGGAUCCGGAGCUGAGCCGCUUCAUGGCCGUGUACUUUGACUAUUCCACAGAGAGCGACAUCCCGACGGCACUGAGUCUGGCUCCCAGGCUGAAGCUCAUGGAUCAGCUGCCGCAGCUCUACGGCCGGCUCCACUCCAGCCAGUCCGCGCUGGCCGAUCCGGAGCAGCAACCCGUCAACAUCUCCAGGAGAAACUAUUUCCGCAGCAAAUCAGGACGCUCGCUCUACGUCUCGAUCUGCAACAUGCACCAGCACAUCAGCCAGAACCCGGACUGGUUCGAGAAGCAGCCGUCUCCCCCAGGAGCGUCUUCGGCUCCGUCGGACUCCUCCUCCUCCAAACACGUUCCUCUUCCUCCGCGGCCGGCCUGCUCCUCCUCCGUGCCUCAACCGGAUCAACGGUUUGACUCUGGUGUGGUGCUGAACGAGGUUCUGGUGAGGACGCCGUCCAUGGAGGGACUGGAGGGGGAAGCGAGGAGGAACGUACUCCUGCUGGCCGCUGGCUCCAGUCCAGAGCCGCCGCACUGCUCCGCGUCCAUCCCAGGAUCCACUUCCAGAUUGUCCACCGGCAGAUCUGGAGUUUUACCCGAAGAGUCUUCCUCCUCUUCCUCAGCUCCCUGUGUCCUCCAGGAUGAAGAGCGACCUGCUCCGGGUCACACCGAGGAGCCCGGCUCCUCCGGCCCGGACGUCCCGCCUCCCCGUGAUUCUGGAAUCUACGACUCGUCCGUCCCGUCGUCGGAGCUCUCCAUCCCACUGAUGGAGGGACUGUCACAUGACCAGGCAGACUCUUCCUCCUUGGCAGACAGCGAAUCGUCUUCGUCCGGCCUCGGUGACGAGGAGCCGCCUGCAGUGUUGUCACUUCGCUGCAGCGCCGCCUGCAAACCUCAGCUGCACCAGCUGGAGCACAGCGAUGCUCAUGCAGCAUCACUGUAGCCCGGGCUGCCUGCCAAUCGAGGAAGGAACUCUGGCAUGUGCCGCCGUUGAUUUGGAGAUAAAACCAGAAGACUUGAAGGAUGCUGAGGAGUCGUGGAGCUGCAGGCAGAGGGAACGUAUUGGUGGAAGCGCCUGUAGUACUAACUACUGAUUAUGGCCACUGCUGAUUCCAGGCUUAUGUGUGCCCAACAACCACCACGUCCCCAACACUCGCCUCAGGAAAGAUUUGUUGGAUCAAACUGGAGGGUUUCUGAACCGCAGACCAAAGCUGACAACCAAAAACUUGAUCUGCAGCGUUUUCAUGCAGCUUUUAGACGUGGAGACAGUCAGACAGCAACAUGCAAAACGACUGAAGCUGCAACAUUUGUUACAUUUUCAGCUGCUGCAGUUCUCAGAUUUUAGAGAUUGGAGGAUUUCUCUUAUGUCUUUGGCUAAUGACCUCAAGUCAUUUUUCCCGCUUGCUCUAAACUCCAGCAUUUGUGUUUUGGUUGCAUUUACCCAGCAUGCACUGUGCUGUAGUCCAAUUCCUGCUUUUGUAGCAGUCUCUGGUUUGCUUUACCCAGUGUUUCCCAAUUCCAGUCCUCAGGCCCCCCUCCUCUGCAUGUUUUAGAUGUACCUCUACACCAGAGCAGCUGAUUCAAAUGAUUGCAUGACCAUCAAGUGCUGCAGAAGCCUUUUAAUCACCCACAUAUUCAAUCCAGGUGUGUGGCAGAAGGGAAACACCUAAAACAUGCAGGGCAGGGGAGCAUGAGGACUGGAAGUGAGAAACGCUGCUUUAACCCAACUGAGACCUGAGGUUUGUUGUUUUUUCAGAGUUUGAUUAACAUUCCCAAAAGAACUGGACUUUGUAGGAUUAAACGGACUAAUUCAUCGGUUUAUAAAAGUAGAGUGAAAUCAGCUGCAGUGGAAUGAAAUCAGCUAAACUCUUAAUAUUCUUGGUUUAAAAUUUGUUUUAAUGAAGUGCUACUUUUUAUGUAAAUGUGUCUAGUCAAUUUUUUGACGUUUUGAACAACAAACUCUAUGAAGCUAAUCUCCCAUCACAGAAAUGUAAUUUAUGUUUAAACAUUGCAGCAACAACUUGUUGGACAUCUGGUUAAAAAGUGGUUCUAUGACCUGAUAAUGUGAUAUAAUAUAAAUAGAAGAGUUUUAUUUUUGUCCUUGAGUUUGUGAAAAGCAAUUUGUUGUAUUUUUUUACAUGUUUAUAACUUGUGUCACUCCUGCAAUAUUUUCACUGUGGUCUUAACAUUUUCUACGUGUUUUACAUUUAUAGAUAACAAGUUUUAUGCUUUCACUCUUAAUCCACUGAGGAAUAGAAGUACCUGGAGAGGAGGAGUGAAAAUUAAAUGAAGCGGCUCAUCAGAAGAUCUUCUGACUUUUAAAUCAAUUCAAAGAUACAUUAUUGAUCCCAAAGGGAAAUUAAAUGUUGCUAAAACUCAUCAUA